AUGAGACUCUCCAGCAACCUUGCCGUUGCCGUUCUGGCUCUGUUCGGUGUCGAAGCUCUAUCGAUUCCCUCGCGUAAUUCAGUUAAUGCCAUCUCCAAGACCUACAACUCCUCUCCCGUCCGACGACAACUCGAAAUCGGCGGUCUCACCCUCGGUGGCCCAGACGGCGGCAUCAGUGGCGAUGGUCUCAAGCUCGGCGGAAAGGGUGGAAAAGACGGAGCAGCAGGAAACGGCACUAUGGCUGCGGGUGCUGAGCCCAAAGCUGGUAAAGGCGGUGCGAUGGAGGCCGGUGCGGGCGCUGCUGGCAACGGCACAAUGACUGCCGCUGAGCCAGCAGCGGCGAAGGAGAGCAAAGCACCGAAACCUGCAGAGGGCGGUGUUGCUGGAGAGGGUGCAGCGAAGGAACCCGCUGCCGCGAAAGAGACUGCCGCGCCAAAGGUCGCAGAACCAGCUGCCGCUGGAGAGGGUCCUGCAGCAAAGGAGAGCGCAGCGCCUAAGGCUCCCGCAGCCGGUGCAGAGGAACCUGCAGCGGCGAAAGAAAGCGCCGCGCCCAAGGCUUCUGAUCUCGUAGCUGCAAAGGAGCCUGCAGCUGCUGAACCCGCCGCCGCUAAAGAAACAGCAUCACCCAAGCCCGCUUCCUCUGGCGGCGAAGGCACAGAGUCCCAGCCUGGCCGCGCAGAAGGCGACGCCGCGCGCGCUAAAGCCGAAGCCGAAGCUGCUGCGGCCAAGGGCGAGAAGCCCGCUGGUGGUGCUGAGAAGUCCGAGGGUGUGAAGGCUACGCAAGAGGCGGACCAGUUCUCUGAGGAAGCGGGUAUCACACUGGGUAAGGAUGGGAAUGCGCAGAAUCUUGGUGGUGAUCUAGGGAUCACGAAGGGCAGUGAUGGGUCUACGAGUGUGGGAGGCAAGAGUGGGAUCAAUGUUGCUGCUGAUGGGACAGCGACGUUGAAGGGCAAUGAGUAA